AACCGAAGGUCAUUCCCAAGGAUCCCACUUACAGUCUACCUUUCCCGGUCAUAUAGGCUGUCAGGAUGCUGUCGAGUUGAAAACAGCGAAGCGUAUGAUGUUAUGUUAAAUACGUAAAAGCCGCUUCAUUGCUGCUCUGGUUAUACUGGACUAUGUUAAUGAAUAACGUAUAUAUUUUUUUGCCGGCAGAGUCAGGACGGCGUAUUCUGAUGUUUGAUAUCUAGGUUUUGCGGAAAGAAGCGAUAUAAAUAGCUAGCUAGCUAUCCUGUCCGUCGACUCAGUUGGGAGAAUAACGCGGCUUCGUUGGCAUCAAACGGCAGACUUACCAGCCGGCGACAGUUAACGAUGGCCGCUUCCCUUGCUUCGCCAUCCUCCAGCUAGACGACGCGCCAGUUUUAACGUUUACGGGGCUGUAGGCUACCAUUUAACCGCUUUUCUUAGCCGGUCGGCGACGGCGGCGUUGAAUGAACGAACGGCGGCCGAGCGGCUACAUCGGCUAGCUGUCCUGCCCUUCCUACCUCAGCGACCACAGGCUGCGGCCAAUCGGCUGCUCCGAUAGCGCCGUAUACACAAGUUAAUAUUAGCCGGUUAAGGCUCCGUUUGUGCUUUGACAACCUUUUUUUGCAAGACAGCUCCAUCAAAACGCUGGGAAAAUGCCGGCUGUGUCGAAAGGAGAUGGGAUGCGGGGAUUGGCCGUGUUCAUAUCGGACAUACGGAAUUGUAAGAGCAAAGAGGCAGAGAUCAAGCGAAUUAACAAGGAACUGGCCAACAUCCGCUCCAAAUUUAAGGGAGACAAGGCUUUGGAUGGCUAUAGCAAGAAGAAAUAUGUCUGCAAGCUGCUGUUUAUUUUUCUCCUGGGCCAUGACAUCGACUUUGGCCACAUGGAAGCUGUCAAUCUUCUCAGCUCCAACAAGUACACAGAAAAACAGAUUGGGUAUUUAUUCAUCUCAGUCCUGGUAAAUAGUAACAGUGAGCUUAUUCGUCUGAUCAACAAUGCCAUCAAGAAUGACCUGGCCAGCAGGAACCCCACCUUCAUGUGCCUGGCUUUGCACUGUAUAGCCAAUGUAGGCAGCAGGGAGAUGGCAGAAGCCUUUGCAGGCGAAAUACCACGGAUCCUUGUGGCUGGGGACACGAUGGACAGCGUGAAGCAGUCGGCAGCUCUCUGCUUGCUCCGCCUGUACAAGACAUCCCCAGACCUGGUGCUCAUGGGGGAGUGGACGUCCCGCGUGGUGCAUCUGCUCAACGACCAGCACAUGGGUGUGGUGACUGCAGCCAUUUCUCUGAUUACCUGUCUAAGCCAGAAAAACCCAGAAGAGUUUAAGACCUGUGUGUCUCUGGCUGUGUCUCGACUGAGCCGGAUUGUAUCUUCUGCCUCCACGGACCUUCAGGAUUACACAUAUUACUUUGUCCCAGCUCCAUGGCUGUCUUGCAAACUGCUGCGACUGUUGCAAUGCUACCCGCCUCCAGAGGAUGGCGCAGUGAAGGGUAGACUGGUUGAGUGUCUGGAGACUAUCCUGAACAAGGCUCAGGAACCACCCAAAUCUAAGAAGGUCCAGCAUUCAAAUGCAAAGAACGCCAUUCUAUUUGAAGCAAUAUCCCUAAUCAUACACUAUGACAGUGAGCCCAACCUGCUGGUGCGGGCAUGUAACCAGCUGGGCCAGUUUCUGCAGCACCGGGAGACCAAUCUGCGCUACCUGGCCCUGGAAAGCAUGUGUACGCUGGCCAGCUCCGAGUUCUCCCAUGAGGCCGUCAAGACACACAUCGAAACUGUCAUCAGCGCCCUGAAGACGGAGCGGGAUGUCAGUGUGAGGCAGCGGGCUGCAGACCUGCUCUAUGCCAUGUGUGACCGCAGCAAUGCCAAGCAGAUCGUGGCGGAGAUGCUGAGCUACCUGGAGACGGCAGACUACUCCAUCAGGGAGGAGAUGGUGCUUAAAGUUGCCAUCCUGGCAGAGAAGUAUGCCGUGGACUAUUCCUGGUAUGUGGACACCAUCCUGAAUUUGAUCCGCAUUGCCGGGGACUACGUGAGCGAGGAAGUGUGGUACAGGGUGAUCCAGAUCGUCAUCAAUAGGGACGAUGUCCAGGGUUACGCUGCAAAGACUGUAUUCGAGGCCCUGCAGGCCCCUGCCUGCCAUGAGAACAUGGUGAAGGUUGGUGGCUAUAUCCUGGGGGAGUUUGGGAACCUCAUCGCCGGAGAUCCUCGUUCCAGUCCUCUCAUCCAGUUCAACCUACUACACUCCAAGUUCCAUCUGUGCUCGGUGCCCACCCGUGCCCUCCUGCUCUCUGCCUACAUCAAGUUCAUCAACCUCUUUCCCGAGACCAAGUCCACCAUCCAGGAGGUGCUGCGCUCUGACAGCCAGAUCCGUAACUCUGAUGUGGAGCUGCAGCAGAGGGCUGUGGAGUAUCUCAAGCUCUCCUCCAUCGCCAGCACUGACGUCCUCGCGACCGUCCUGGAGGAGAUGCCCCCCUUCCCAGAGCGAGAGUCCUCCAUCCUAGCUAAGUUGAAGAAGAAGAAGGGGCCAGGGGCCGUCUCCACUGAGCUGGAGGAGGGCAAGCGAGAUGGAGGGGAGCUAAAUGGGGGCGCGGAGAGGGGAGUCGAUGCUGCCGCGGCCAUUGCCUCCAAUGCUUCAACUCCAUCCCCUUCUGCUGACUUGCUGGGCCUUCGCUCAGCGCCCCCUGUUGGCAGCGCCGCUCCCAGCGCUAGCAGUCUCUUGGUGGAUGUUUUUUCUGAGGCAGGACCCACAGCUCCCUCUGGUGUCAUGGAUGACAACUUUCUCAGUGAUCUGGAACCUCCCUCUGAGACCUCUGACUCGCUAUUGGUCGAGGCUCCCAGUGACUCGGACUCUGCUCCCAACUCCUCCUCCUUUGGCUCUGAAGAGUCUGCUCCACCUCUGCCUGAGUCAGAUGAGCUUCUGAACAAGUUUGUGUGCAAGAACAAUGGGGUUCUCUUUGAGAACCAGCUGCUUCAGAUCGGGAUCAAGUCAGAGUACCGUCAGAACCUUGGGAGGAUGUACUUGUUCUACGGCAAUAAGACUUCGGUGCAGUUUGUCAGCUUCACCACUUCCGUCAGCUGUCCCGGAGAGCUGCAGUCUGAGCUGAACAUCCAGGCGAAACAGGUGGAGCCCCAAGUGGAGGGGGGAGCUCAGGUGCAGCAGGUGAUCAACAUCGAGUGUCUGGCUGACUUCUUGGAGGCCCCCCUGCUCAACAUCAAGUUCAGGUAUGGAGGAGCUCUGCAGAACAUCACCCUCAAGCUUCCAGUCACCAUCAACAAGUUCUUUCAGCCGACAGAGAUGUCCUCCCAAGACUUCUUCCAGCGCUGGAAGCAGCUCAGUCUCCCCCAACAAGAGGCCCAAAAGAUCUUCAAGGCCAAAAAUGCCAUGGACUCUGAAGUGCUCAAAGCCAAGCUGCUGGGUCUUGGCACCGCCCUGCUGGAGAAUGUGGACCCCAACCCCGAGAACUUUGUGUGUGCUGGAGUGAUCCAGACCAAGGCUCAGCAGGUGGGCUGUCUGCUGAGGCUGGAGCCCAACGCGCAAGCCCAGAUGUACCGGCUGACACUCCGCAGCAGUAAGGACACAGUCUCCCGACGCCUCUGUGAGCUGCUGUCGGAGCAGUUCUAAGACCGGCGAGCUGGUCCUGGGUCCGAAACGAUUGAGAGUCGACAAGGCAGCAGAUAUCCUCAAACAUGCAUACAUAAGGGAGAAGUGGCUGUCGCCAGGCAACAGCCGAAAUAUUAUUAGUGUUCUUAUUGUCAUACUUAUUACUGUUAUUUGUUUUUAUUUCUAAUAACCGUGUAUGUGCACAGUAGUGUGAUCAAUCAGUUUGGUUAUUUCCUUUAAUUUGCUCAUCUAAUGAUAGGAAGCUCUUUUUUCGAUGCUCUCUGGUCCUCUCUUGACCUCUGUUCCACCAUUCCUUAAAGCAUACAUAUGGAGAUACCCCAGCAAGCGCAUGUUUUGUUUGCGUGUACCUGUGGAAUGUGCCAUAUAUGUGCACUCUUCACAGAAACAAUUGGCCCCACUGUAGGAAGCUCCUCCCCUCACCCUGGUUCAUUGGAGCAUGUAAUUGGCCGAUGCACUUUAGGAAGUAUCGACAGAAUCUUAAAUGGGCCCCUUCUUCUUCCCGCUUACUAUGAAACUCAGUUCCUUUAGAAGAUUACUAUUAUUCCUGUGAAAUAUACUAACUUCCUGUCCACCGAGAGCAGCCCCAGUGUACUGUAGUUACAUUCUAGGUCCCCCAGAGACAGCAGAAGCCGUGUUGUGAAUUCCCCUGAACUCUCACACUCGGAUGUAGGAGUUUACGCAAGCGUUGACUGCACUUCUUGAAAAUAUGACUAUGUUUAAUUAUGGUUGUUUACAUGUUUUAGUGAUUAUGUAUUUGUAUAUUCAAAUGUUACAGCAUUUCUUUUUAGCAUUCUGUUAUAAAUGAAGUCCGUUGAUCUAACUUCACCAUAUAUCUCUAUGUAGGCUGGAUGAUAGUGUGAUGAUGAUUCUGUUGUCUUUUCGGCGCGCACAGUUCAGGGAGUAAGUAAGCAGCCAGUGUGUGAUGAAAAACUCGUGUGAGAUUUCAGUUGGCUGAAGCACUUUGACGUUACUGCGAAUGGCUGACAGCUGGACUUAAUAUGUACCCAUCCAUGUAGGCAUAUGCACCAGCAGCAUAUUAUUCCUGUUAAGUGUGAGAAGGAAGUAAGAUAAAUGGCCAUGAUGUCUUAAAUGCUUCACUGUCCCAGCCAGGGGGGUGAGACGACUAAAAGUGGGAGUGAGAAUGCGAUCAAGUUGCAGACAAUAUUUUUAACCCUAGAUACCAGCUAAUUGUAGUGGUUAAGAAGCUGGAAAGCCUUGAAUUAUGACCAAAAUGUUGCUGGUUCAGAUCCCAGAAGGACUCUUUCUGUUGUACCCUUGAACAAAGCACUUAACCUAAACCGCUUCUGUAAGUGUCGAGCUCUGUAAAUGGGUUCAAGCGUAGAAAUAUUGUCUCUGAAUUAGUGUCCGCUAAGCUGCUCAGUAAUGUAACAAAUAACAUGGGGUCACUUGGCACUCCAUGCAACCUCCUUAGGAACAAGUGCAGUGCUUAGGUGUUCACCGGAAGCACCAUCGAGUUUUUAGGGCACAAAGAAGUUCAGCUCUUUGACUAUCAAGGGUGACGCUGAGCGAACUCCACUGCUUGUUGUUUCGCUAACCGUAGGGUUCAUAUUGACUUGGGACCUGCCAUUGGCAUCGUGUGAUUGUGUAUGCAUGUGUCUCCAAUGAAGUACAUUAGCAACAGAAGCAUUCACUGUGUGAGUGUGUGUCUCAUAGAGCCCAGGGAUGAUGCAGAGACCUUCUCAUUUUAGAUUAUUAAGGAGUCUGUUGUCAUCAUGUAUAUAUGUCUGCUCAUUAUAUCUAUCAACACAGACCAGUGUAUGUGUUUAAGACAACUUGUUGAAUUACUCUGUACUGAAAAUGUGAAAGUAAAAGUAAACCAUAUACCGAUCA